GAGAGCUUUUGAUUUAUAUCUUAAUCUCCGGCUGAGAAGCAAUAUGCCGCUGGAAAAUUACGGAGUCUGGAAGGCUUACCCCAAACGUUACAAAGUUGAACGUCGUGGGGCCAGAACACCUCAUCUAACUCUCUAUUUCUGCAAUAAUGGAGAGACAGACUUUGAAGGGCCAGAAUUUCACGCCGCCAUAAACAUCAAGUCUGGAGACCAGCAAGAGUCGCGACUUGUCUAUUGGGUAAAUGAGCAUAUGAGCGGCCAUCCGCUCGUCAGGAGUCUGUCGGAGCUCAAGACCGGCUUCGAGCGCUUGGACGAUAAAGAGCCCGAACAGGGCGGCCUACGGCUUGAUUACAUCCGGGGCAAUCUCUUUGACGUGAAUACCGGUCGGGUUCUUGAGCAUGACAUUACUGGUCCAAACAAUGACAUUAUCGAUGUCCUGGUGCCUAAAGUCCAGGAAGCAAUCAAUAAGCAAGCAAUCAAUAAGGGGGCUGUCGUUUACAUAUUCGGCGAACGAUUUAGCACAAACAAUGGCAUACACAAUGUCCACAUGAACCAGGGCAACAUCCGAAGGUACUCGGGUGACGAUGGCGUGUUCCAGGACGGCGCGCUUCUCUUCCAUUUCCCAAAGGAUGAUGAAUGGAUUGGUAUUUUCCUUGCCUUUGCAUCACAGGCCGUGCAUACAAGCGAGAAUGAUGGCCAUGCCAUAUCACGAGUCACUUGGAAAGACCUCCUGCCUGGUGACCUUGUCGAAAACUCAGUUGCUAUCAACAAGCUCGUUGUGGAUUCUUUUGGCCAAGGUGAAGACAAGAAGCAGUCUGUUACCCUGAAGAACCUCACGAGGCGCAAAAUAUCGCUCGCACGUUGGAGAAUCCGCAAUUCGCGCUGGGAACAACAGGUUCUCCCUAGUAAUGCGGCUUUAGAUGCAAAGGCUAUAAUGGUCUUUGACGUUCCGAAUUCCUUCUUAUCUAUGGACGGUGACACUAUCACGCUUCUCGAUCGCGAUGGGCUCAAGGUCGCUGGCGUCAGCUAUAAAUCUCAGCGGGAUAAUGCGGGAAAUGGGGAAAUUAAUUUUGCCGGCUAAAGUCACCAGCUCACUUUCCUACUCAUGUUUAUACUGUAAAUCUGUCUGUCCUUUGUCAAAAGUAACGCCCACGCGGAGUCGAUUAUAAUAUUACCGUGUUUUACUGCAUUGUUUCACCCAAAGGACUCUGUGCCAUGGGGCAGAAGAGCCUAGCCUCAUCUGGGGUCAUUGAUCUAGAGGCAUUUGAGAAAUCAAGUGAAUACAAGCAGCAUAAAAGAGGGAUGGAACGGAUUGGGAC